AUUGUCCCCUUCGGGGUGACAUACGAAAAAAUUGGAACGAUACAGAGAAGAUUAGCAUGGCCCCUGCACAAGGAUGACACGCUUUCCAGAGUGGAUGCGCUCCGGCGCACAAUAUUUGUUGCUCUUUUUGCUUUUGAAUAUAGCGUAUUUGAUCUUAUGUGUCCUGCGCGCGCCAGAACUGCGCGAUAG